AUGUAUGCAUAUGUGUGUACGCGUGCAUGGCGUGGUGAUGAUGAUGGUUGGUUGUUGAGGUGGCAUGCGAUGGCCCAGUCCUGGAUGGACGUUGUGUCCUCGCAGAGCAGCAGCAUUCGGAGGCCGUUGAAGCGAGAGCGCUCCGAGUCGACCAGUGUCUCCACGGUGCGCACCGAUACGAAGCCGAACAUCAAGCAACAGUUAGCUACAUUUCAGCCACCAUCAGAAUCGGGCGACGAUAUGGAAGAAGCCGAUCCAUCCUCCUCUUCGGCCACAAUUCACUUCUCGCCCAGUCAAAUUGCAAACAUUGUCGAGGGGCCAUCAGCAAAGAAAGAAAUGAUGCUCAAAAGCGAUUUGCGGCGAUAUUUGAAGGAAUCCACGACUACUUCUACAAUGUCAGUGAAGAUGGCCUUUGAAAUACUGCAUUUAUUCCUGGAACAAGGUCAUAGUAUCACAGUGGAUCCGAAUUUUCCGAAAAAACCGCCAAAUUCGUUCUCAAUAUUUGCCAAGAAAUUCUGGAAUGGAAAAUUUUCUUCGGGACUCACAUCCAGAUCUGACCGAAAGUCACGCGGCUUAUUUGGAAAACGCUAUUUCGGUGGCACAAAAAACUGUAAGUUUUGCUUUUCUCAUAUACUAUAUGUUCGCACUAAAAUUCUUGCAAUUGUGGGAGAGUUAUGGAUAGCUUCUGAUUUGUGCUUUGACUUCUUUGUAUAUCUUGAAAAUGUAAUUGCCCGCUUUAUAGAUGAAAUAAAUCUAAUAGGCAUUAUUCGUAGUUCGCAGAAUAAUGCGAAUUACUACAAAAACUAG